GCUGAGGGCUGCGCGAGGAGGGAGGCAGACCAGGCAGGCCGACAGACCGGGCAGGCCGGCCAGGGGCUGGGGGCCCUGGGGCUCUGCUUCGCCUGGCUCAUGCCGCCGGCUUACUGGCCUCCGCGAACCGCAGGUAUCAAAAUGGGUGAUGUUGAAAAAGGCAAGAAGAUCUUUAUUCAGAAAUGUUUUCAGUGCCAUACAGUUGAAAAAGGUGGAAAGCACAAGACAGGACCAAAUCUUUGGGGUUUAUUUGGCCGCAGAACAGGACAAGCUGCAGGAUUUUCCUACUCAGAGGCAAACAAGAAGAAAGGAGUUACCUGGAGUGAGAGUACACUGAUGGAGUAUUUGGAAAACCCUAAGAAGUACAUUCCUGGUACAAAAAUGAUUUUUGCUGGAAUUAAAAAACAGAAUGAAAGAGCUGAUCUUAUUGCAUACUUGAAAAAAGCAACUUCUUCAUGAAACAUUGCUGCAGCAGCUGUAAUGAUAAUGAAAAAAUGUUUUGAAUUUUAAUGAGCUGCUAUGUCAAGUUUUAGUAUUUUGAUGUUUAUUGUUCAUUAGGGCCUUAAAAUCAAAUAAAAGUAUGGUUCGACAUGCUGCAUCCUAAUAAACAACAUCAAGAGGUGAGCAUUA